CCCAGAAAAGAAAAGGGAAAAAAGAAGGAAAAAAAUGAGCGUCUAUGGAGGAGACAGUUGGGCGAGAGAAGCACAAUACAGGAAGAGAAGAGUAGAUGGUGUUCUGCUUCAAGGCCUUGAUGGUUCUUCUUACAAGAAGCUCUCCAGCGGCAAGUACGCAUGUCUUGUCUGCCCUCACAAUCCCAUCCUUGAUACCUCUCUCAUGCUCACUAUGCAUAGCAAGGGAUCGCGGCAUCUUGCUGCAGAAUCGAGGCUAAAAGAAGGAGAGUUGAAGAGAAAAGAUGUGAUAAAUAAGAGAUUAGCAUUAUCUGAUUCCCUUGUUAGUUCUCAUGACUCUACUAGUAUAAACAAAAAAGUUAGGUUAGCUAGCAAACCAUUACUUGAACAGACUAAGAAGGCUACUUCUGAGGUUCUUUACAGUAAAAUUCCCCAGCAGAGUCUUGGUAACAAAAAUUGUGGUGUGAAAUUGAGCGACGGACAACUUGCAAAUGUGACAACUUUCUCAUCUACUUCAAUUAAAGCGUCUGAAAGGUCACUUGUACAACAGCAGCUGGAUUUCCGAGAGCGUAGAGAGCGAGAACUCAAGUUUAUAGAAGCAGGUUGGAAGCGUGAUUGUCAUGGAAGAUGGUUUAAGGAUGAAAAUGUUGAAUUUGACUCCGAUGAAGAAGAUCCAAAUGUAUGUCUUAGUUAAAGAAUUUCAGUAAGGGUCAUCUUAGAAGAUUUUGAAAGAAAUUUGAUAGCUCAAGAUCAUCAACUGUGAUUCGCAUUUAUGUUAACUUGACGUGCUAUAGAUAGCGCAAUCUUUAUUCUGCAUUGAAUGGUUUUAGAGAACUGAAAAUGGAUGCUUUGAUCUGCAUUACAAUCACUCAAUAGAUUAAGAAUAUUAGACUUACAAUUUGAAUAGGGUCAGAUUUUUAGAUGUUCAACUGGAAAUUGUACAAACUGCAAUCUGGAGUAUGAUUUAGAGCUGAAUUGUUCAUGUGCAUUGGAUAACAGUUUGUAGUUGUUGGUGAUUGCAUAAAGAAAGAGUGAGAGGAAAAAACUCUAAAAAUUUUUUA